AUGACGCCAACCCCAUUUCCGGAACGUCGUGGAAAUAGUGUUUAUGAGUGUGAAUUGCUAUCUGUGCAGACGAGCAUCCUGUCCUCGACGUCGCUAGUUCUGGGCCCAGGGCCGGGGACGCAGCCAACCACUGGCCCUGGCAGAGGAGCUGCCUCCACCGCAUCCUCUCAGCUGCGGCUCCUCCCCAGCACCGCCGUGGGGCCCAGUUCGGGACCUGAGAAUGUGGCAGGAGCCCAAGGGGACAGUGAGGCAGUAACUUCUGCCAGGCCGGGUGCCCGGCCCUCGCUGGUGGCAUGGGCGCUCGGCCGGGCAGGCUCCUUCGAGCUUGGGCUGGAGCUGGCAGAGUCCACGCGGUGGCUCCGAGCUCCCAGGCCGGGGUCGAGAGCACGCGGCGCGCGUGGCCCCGGGGAGCCGGCGGGCGGCACGGCUCGGUACAAGGGCACCAUAGCGCGGGCCGGCCGGGCCCUGCACCCGCUCAACCAGCGCGAGAAGCAGAAGGCGCACACGGGGGUCCUGAAGCGGCGCAUAGCCGAGGAGACCAUCAGCAAGCCCAAGGUGGGCCGGAAGUGCGCCCACUGCGACGCGAUGGAGGCCGAGCUGAAGCGGAGCACCGCGGGGCUGCUGACCCUGCACGACGUGAAGGCGCGGCUGGAGGCCCUGGCGCGCCAGCGCGAGAUGCAGCGGGCGCAGCGCGAACGGCGGGAGCGGCGGCGGCGCCGGCAGCUGGACGACGACGGCGACGAGGACCCCGAGGGGGGCGACCCCGAGGGCAAGGACGCGGCCGUGGACACGAGCUUCCUGCCGGACCACGAGCGCGAGGAGGCCGCGGAGGCCCGGAUCCGGCCGCACGACCACCCCUUCUACGACCUGAGGGUGGCGCCGACGCGCGGCAAGGAGGGGCCGCGCUUCACCGUAGACGUGCACGACGACGUGCGGCUGCGCAGCGACGCUCUGGAGAAGAACGAGUCGCCCGCGGACAAGGCGGCGCCGGGCAGCAGGCGCGGGAAGAGCCAGCGCCUCUUCCCCACCCGCCGCCGGGAGCCCUACGAGCCCGAGAAGCGCUGGGACGGCUGCACCGUCCGGCGACGCCAAGUCCGCUCCCCCGCCAGCGCGCUCCGGUGGCCUUGGCCUCUGCCCUGGAAUUCAGUCAAGACCGACCGAGGCUUGGCGCUGUGCGGAUGUGGUCCUUCUGUGGCUGGUGUUCUUCUCGGUCGUUGGGUGGGUUUCGGAGUGCUUCUAAGGUUGCCUGGCUCUGCUGGGCCGGGUGGAAGCCUCGCCGGGCGCGCGGUGGACGGCAGUGAGGGUCAAGGCUGCUCUGACCUGGGUCACAGCGUUGUGGCCAGGAGUCGUGGUCGUGGACUUGGUCCCCAAGCCCCCAGACUGUCGGGGUUCGGGUCCCAGCCCGGCUUCUUACUUGCUGUGUGAUUUGAGGCAAA